GGAGGGUGGCAACUCUUAACCCACAGACAGCGCAACCAACUACGCAGAAAAUCAAUACACCGUGAUGUAUUCGCCUUUUUAAAAUGAGAACGUGACAAAACAUUAAUUUAAUUCAUCGAAGAAACCACUUUUAUUUAAAAAAAAUAUCUGUUGAGACUUGAUGCUCAUUUUUUAUUUAUUUACAAAGUGAUGAGUAUUCUCAUAGUUACGGCGUGGUAGAACUUUCUGCGCGUAGAUUAUCAGCUUUUCCUUCAAAUUAUAAACUGUUACAGAUUCUUGUUGAGUAAGGUCAAGGAUAUAUUCAUUAUACACCAACAUAAUUGUAAGUUAAAAUGGAAGAAAUGAAUGGGGAUCUUUAUGGGGGCGGUUUAGUAAGUCUAGGAGAUGAAGGUUCUUUGGAGUCCACCGACAAUGGCAAACAAGAGCAAAAUUGUAAAAUUUGCGACAAUAAGCUAUGCAGUCCUCGUGUUUUGUCUUGCCUUCAUGUAUUUUGUGAAGCUUGCAUUGACAAGUUGAUGGUUAAUGAAGCUGGAGAUUCUCUCAAAUUUGAUUUGGCUGUAGAAUGCCCAAUAUGCAAACAAGAAACCAAGAUACCUGGAGGUGGAGCUGCAUCCCUUCCUUCCGAUUAUGUGCUAACCAACAUUUUGGAUGUGUCUGCUAUGGACCAGUCUGUUGUAUGCACUUGUUGCAAGAGCAAGGAACCAGCUGUUGCUAGAUGCACUGAUUGCUCUCAUUUUUUGUGCUCCAACUGUAAUUCUGCUCAUGAAUUUAUGAGAUGCUUUGAAAACCAUAGGGUGGUACCAUUUGAUGCUCUGAGGUCCUCUAAGGAGAAGUCCGCUGUGCAUAAGCCCAUAUUUUGUGCUCGCCAUGCAGGGGAAAGUCUGAAGUAUUAUUGUUGCGAGUGUGAAGUUGGUGCUUGCACUGAAUGUCUUACUGUGGAUCACAAAGUUGGAGAACAUCGUUGCGAGAGAAUUGUUGAUGUCGAGCCUAACUUACGUGCUGAAUUAAAGAAUUUCAUCGUGGAAGCCAAUGCCCGCGCUGCUACAGCUGGAAGUGCUUCUGCCAGGCUUGAUGAUGCACUUGGAGAUCUGCAACGUCAAAGAGAUGAAGCCGAAGGUGUAAUCAAUGAUGCUUUUCAUGCUUAUAAAGCUGCAUUAGAAAGAUGCCGUGAAAAGGCUCUUGAAGAACUUGAGCGUUUACACAAGGAAAGAGAACUCAAGGUUAUGGAUCUCUUUGAUCGAGUCGAUAAAACUGUUCAGCGCAUAGAUUGUGCUUGCAAAUUCGCGGCUAGACUUCUUCGUCGCGGGGAUGGUACAGAAAUUGUGAUGUUAAAAAAGACAGUGGCCUCCCAGUUCGCUCGUUUGCUGGAGGGAGCACCAGAAUUCGAUGUUGAUUAUUCAUUGGAGUUUGUUACAAAGAUGGAUAAGUUUGAUGCUAUUUCAGAAGAAACUUUCGGAACAUUCCGUACAGAAGCAACUCGUGCUGAAGAAAGAAAACGCGCGAGCGAGUCGUCUGCUAUUGUAUCAGUGACUUCGAAUUCUCACUCUCCUGCUGUUUCCGUGACUAACGCUCCCGUUUUUGAUGAUUACCCGAUGGGAGGAGUCCGCCGUGUCACUGGGGUUUCUGGUGUUGGAAGCAUGGUGGGAGUGUCCGGGGUGCCAGCUAUCGGAGUACCGGGGGUGGGUGCAGUAACUGGAGUAGGUGUCACUAACACUAGUGUCAUCACUGGUGGUGUAAACAUCAAUAGUGUGCCGGGAGUCGGCGGUGGAGUACCGGCUUUGCCAUCUAUGGUCGAGUAUAAUUUGCAGCAGUUGGCUAGCAUUGCUGAAAAAGACGUACCACCACCUCCCCAUGCUUCUCCAGCACCAACUUUCACUCUCGCUGAACUACUAGCUGGUGAUCUGAACUCUCCUCAGGCCUACAACAAUUUGCAAGCUCUUGCUAAACUUGGAUUAAAUACUGAAGUAAAUGGCUUUGGAGGUGUCGGCGGAAUUGGUGGAGUUGGUCCUCGUGGAGUGUCUCCGGGAAGACCUUUGCUAACUGCUGCUGAGGAGGCAGCACUUGUGCCUCCUCCGGCUCCACUUGUACGAGCCACUAAAGCUACUCCGAUGCACAUUCGAUUCAAGUUUGGCCAGCUGGGAAGUGGCAAGGGUCAGUUUAAUUCCCCUCAUGGAUUUUGCCUUGGAAACGACGAAGAUAUCAUUGUUGCUGAUACCAACAAUCAUCGCAUCACGGUGUUUGAUAAGUCUGGAACUUACAAGUUUAAUUUCGGAAUUGCCGGAAAAGAGGAAGGCCAACUGUGGUACCCACGUAAAGUGGCGGUUGUUCGAGCCACUGGCAAGUUCGUGGUCUGCGAUCGUGGCAACGAGAGAUCCCGCAUGCAAAUCUUUACCAAAAAUGGACACUUCUUGAAGAAAAUUGCUGUACGUUUUAUCGACAUUGUUGCUGGAUUAGCAGUAACUGCUGAAGGUCUCAUCGUGGCAGUGGACAGUGUAACCCCAACUGUAUUCAUCUUAUCUGAAGAAGGUGACCUCAUGAGCUGGUUUGAUUGCAGUGAGUGCAUGAGGGAGCCGUCUGAUAUUGCUAUUAGUGGCAAGGAGUUUUAUGUCUGCGAUUUCAAGGGGCACUGCGUGGUUGUUUUCGAUGAUGAAGGGCGUUUCUUACGCCGCAUUGGAUGUGAGAAUGUGACAAACUUCCCGAAUGGCAUUGACGUGUCUGACGCCGGUGACGUGCUCAUUGGCGACUCGCACGGCAACAAGUUUCAUGUCGCAGUUUUCUCUCGUGACGGCGUUCUCGUCACUGAGUUCGAGUGCCCCUAUGUCAAGGUGUCUCGUUGCUGCGGAUUGAAGAUAACAUCUGAAGGUUAUAUUGUCACUCUGGCUAAGAAUAAUCAUCACGUUCUAGUCCUCAACACCCUUUAUAUUGUCUGAGGAGUAACUCGAUGGCUGUAAGUCUGCAUACUACAAGAUCUCACAUUUAUUCCCUAUAUUUUAUAUUAAUUGCUGUUUUUACAAAGCUUAACAUUUUUUGCUAAACCAGUAUUUGACUACUUAUUUCGUUAUGUUGUGUUAAAUUUCAUGUUAGUCUGAUAUUUUAACACUCUGUCCAUGAGCAGUGAACUAUAGUGAUCCUAAUUUCGGUAUGCUUCGUGAUUUUUUGUUUUAUGGCAUUCUAGAUUUAGCGACACUAUAUUUUUAUUCACUGCCGUGGAUAGACUUAAGUCAUUAUUAUUUCCAAAGUACUGAUACUUGCGUAUUGUUUGGGUUUUUGUUCAUCUGUCAUUAUUAUUAUUAUUUUAUAAUUGCAUUUAGUUCUAGUAAUGGAAAAUCCAAAGGUUAGUAUAUAAUAUUCAACUUCUAUUUUUUUUUCGUUAUAGUCCCAAUUUAUCAAUUUUGUUAUAUUUGGUCAUGGAAGAUCAAAGUUUCGGAAUUAUUUUAUAUCUGACUAAAAAGUACGAAUACUAAUGAAGCGGGUAGAAACGGACAAUUAUUAUUUUUGAGUAAAAUGUAAGCUUCAAUAUACUAUAGUCAACUUUACUAAAUUCAGAUAUAUCCGAGACUUCAACUUCUCGUAGUGGAACAACCAUAACCAAAUUUAACUUAACAAUUCCCAUCGACUGGACUUUAAUUUGUUUUCUAAAUUUUAGCAGCUGGUAUGGUUCCUAGUUCGAGUGAAGUUUAAACGUGUCAAUUAGGGGACUGCGUGGGUGUGUCGCCUCAUUAAACAUUGAUUUGAUUCGAAUGUUAGCCCAAUAUACGUACAUUUGUUUUAGAUAUUAUUGAUUUUGUUGGAUAUCAGUCAUUUGCAGAAUGAGAACAAAUAUGAACGCACAAUUGAGUUUGUUAAAAGUAUAAAAUUUGUCUCGUCAUGACCAAAGGAGGCGACACCAUAAUAACGUGCCAUCUAGUUUAGGUUAAUCUCGUAUACAAUAUUAUAUAUUGUCCGUUAAAAUAUAUUUACCAUUUACAGAAUUCUUGUGUCUAUACAAAAUGUUUUUCGUGUACUCUUGUUUUGAGAGCCUAUUACAUAUUUGAAAGAUUUUUCAUGAGUAGGCAUUACAGUGUACAUUGUUAAGAGUUGGUUUAUUAUAAGUAAAUAUCUUAAUGAUGAAUUGUAAUGCAUGCUGUAUUAUUAGAAACCGCAAAAAAUAACAUUGCAAUAAUUUGUACAACAUGUAAUUUGGAUAGUUUAAAUUUAAUGUAGAAAAUUAGUUUAUCUGGCAUUUUCUUGUAUAUAGCGAGCCACUUAAAGUAAAUAGUGAUGCAAGCUUGUUUUAGUGCAUUUAUGUUGUUGUUUAAAUAGUUGCUCACACAUAUAUGAAUUUAUUUGCAGUAAGCUCCAAUAUCAGUAUUUCAUUGUCACUAAGAAAGGAAAGCAUUAUAUAAACCAAAGCACCUUGUAUUACUUGUUAUGUACAUGAAUUUGCCAUCAUAAAACGUUUCUACUAUAAUACGUUCGAUGGGUAUACAGUUCGCCAAAUUAUAUAUUUUUAUAACUAUCCACAUUUAUAUUCAAAAUUGAGAAUUCAUAGUUUUAGAUAGUAGGUACAAAUGCGGUUUAAUGAAGCGAUACCAUAUUUAGAUAUAUUCACAAUAUACAUCAUAAUUAUAUUAUUGUCCCUUAUUAGGUUUCCUAAAUGUAGUGUUAGGAAAUGGGACAUUGUCUUAUAAAAUCCCUAUUAUUAAUAUGGUAUCAAAUUUGUAAUACAUAAGUAAUGGUCAGAUACAAUUUUACCUUAUACCAUAAACAAUUCCAGGGAUCCAUGGUCUUCCAAAUAUAAUUAGACUAUUUGAACGAAUUAUCAGACUAAAAACCGUUGGUUUCUUCUACUGUUUUCGUGUCACGACCGUUUAAAUGCGAAAUUACUUAUCCUUACUUGGUACAUCCAUAGAUAACACUGGUCAACAAAUUAUAAUUUUUUUUUUGGUGCAAAGGUGAAAUAUACAAUUUCUUGUAGGAUAUUAGAUACGUAAUCGAAGUCCAGAACAUAAAGUUGCACUAGCACGCAGGGAUUUAGAGAUAUACCCCUCCUAAAGUACCAAAAACGCGUUUUUUUAUGAAAUUUGAUGUCAUUUUUUGGGGACAGCAGAAUUUUAUAGGAAUUUCUAACUAAAGCAUCAUAUAGUACUACUUUCCCCGCAUUAACCCCAUUUUAAUUUAUAUUUUUGCGAGUUUUAUUUCCCGAUAUAUACCAUUUUAAACUUAAGUGGAGUUUUUUCAUACUAACAGGCCAAAUGAAAUAUAGGGAAGAUCGAACUAUCGUAGCUGUAUACAUAUUUCAUGAAAAUUUAAACUCUUAACGUUGGAAAUAAAAAUGAAUUUCAAUCGGGAAGAGUGGUACUAUAUAAUGCUAUAGAUAGAAACAAAAAAAACUAUUUUGCUGUACUUCAAAAAAAUCGUCAAAUAUCGUUAAAAUCGCGUUUUUGGUACUUUAGGAGGGGUAUAUCUCUAAAUCCCUACGUGCUAGUGCAACUCUAUGUUCUGGACUUCGAUUACGUAUCUAAUAUCCUACAAGAAAUUGUAUAUUUCACCUUUGCACCAAAAAUGCUGUUGACCUGUGUAAUCUUUCAAAGUUAAUUUAAUUAUUCGAAAGUUCUAUAGCCGGAUGCAUUGUGUUGUACAUGACCAUUAUUUUGUUUUACUUAAAAACUCUUUGGAAAUAGUACUUAACCAGACCACCUAAAAUUAAGUGUGAUAUUUUACCAAUAUUGUUAAUGUCAGUUUUAAAUGCUCUCUAGUUAUUUGGUUUGAUUUGUUUACAUUUUAAAAUAAUUUAAUUCCUCAAUUUCAAAAUAGUCUUGCAUCUCAUUGAAAAAAAAACACAUGUUACUAAAUUGUAAUUAACUUUUAAAUAUUAAUUAGUUAAUAGUCAGGCACUCUCUUCGUAUUGCUGAGCCAUAUAAUUUAUACUGAAUAAUAAAAACAUAAUUGAAGAGUAACAUGUAUAAAUAUGUGUACUUAAUUAGAAAUAGGUAUUUAUUUUAUGUAUUUGUUGUGUAUUGGAGCAGUUUUACAAUAUUCGAUACGCAAAAUUAGAUGUGAUAUGAGCAAUAAUAGAGAGACAUAAUGAACCAACAUUUUAAGACUUACAUGACUCAAUAUUUUGAAAGACACGAGCAAAGAUUGAUGCGUGGGGUGAUGAGCAACGCCGGUCUUUGGAAGCCAGUGAUAAGUUAAAUUUUGACAUUUGAGUCUGAAUCCUCUAUUGAUUAGUGAGUAACUUUUGGGUUUAUUUUUCAUAUUGUUUUUAAGUUAUUUGUUUCAGGAUUUUUGUCCCAAUAGUAUUAGGGAAUUUUAUUUUCUUUAUUUUAACUAGUUUAAAAUGAGUCUACAUACCCCUCGCGGAUGAGCAGGUGUGAUUAAUACUCUGAUUUUGUCGUUUUAUUGUUUUGUUUAAUUAUAUGUUCCGGGCCUAUAUUAUAUAAAUAGUAUUUUUGGCCAGUGUGUUUAGGCCUUUAGAUUUACGAAUUUUUACUGCCAAAUUAUUUUCUUACGAUAUUUGUGCAUGCACAUAGUAAUUAUUUUAUUGUAUAAUAUUUGUAAAAAUUAGUUAUUAGUUGUUGCCAAUUUUUGUUUUAUUAAUAUUCAGGGUUUUAAUAUUAUGAUGUUCAAUUUUAAUUCGUUGUCAUUGAUCAAAAUUAUUGUGUGUUAGUGAAGUAAAAUUAACCGAAAUAGAACUUAUUAUUGCCCCAAAGGGAGCGUUUGACGCUAUUAAUAAUAUUGCUUUAGGGUUGCAUAAAAUUAUUAAAAAGUGGUGUGAUAAGUUUUGGAUAAUUUUACAAAUUAUACUAUUUUAUGUGUGAAUUCCAAUAUUUAAAAUUUGAAGUCAAAUAUUUCAAUAUAUCUGUUUUAAUUUUCAAUGUACAUUUUACUAUUGCUUUUAUUUAAAAAGUAUUAACUUGUCAACGACCCCCCGUUUAUCGUUAAUUUCGGUGAUAAACACACUUUCCUCUUUUCUUGCCAUGUAUUUUAUGUAGGGAUCAGCGUAGAAAUGUUUAGUAGGUACUAGUAUUUUUCAAUUGAUAUACACACAUACAGUAUCACAAGUUUGCCUAUAUGGUGGUGUUGUUUAGAGAUGUUUAUUAGUGGUUGGCGCGGGCCGCGGCGGUUAUUCGUCGCGUCUGCUUGGCUGUAUAAUUUGCCGUAGCGAGUAAGCACUUUGUCAUGGAUGAAUGGCAGUCAAAUGGUAUCUAUUGUCCAUUGACAUUACUUGAUAAUAAUUGUAUCAUUAGAGUACAUUACAGUAGCCUUUCUCGGGAAUCUUAAAAGUUACCUAUAUACACUUUAAAGCAAUUUUUGGUAAAGAUAUUUCUCUUGAAUCUAUAUUCCCUUAUGUAUCCAGCAAUAAAUUACUUCAGUAGUUGUGUAGUAUCACUUUAUAUGGCACUGAAAAUUGCAGAUUUCCUUGUAUAAUUAGGCUCUUAUUUGGAUCGCCACGUGUUGUAGAGAUGAACAUGUCAAGGACUUUUGCAUACUUGGUGCCAGGUAAUGUGAUAGAGUGUAGGGUUCGCAGCGCACAAGGUGAGCUCUAAUGUUACCCUCCCUAUUGGAGGUGGGCGUAUUGCCUAUUAGUGGCACCAAGCACAGCUCGACGGUUGCGGUGGAGUAUUGUGGCAUUACUAUUCAAUUUUGUUCAACUUUGAACCGUGGGUGGGAUUAAGAUUAAUUAAUUCUAUUAUACUUUAUUAUUUUAUUUCGAAAUGAUUCCAAUUAAUAAUUGAAAGACGGCAUGCUCAAACGAUAAUAUAUUUUAUUUUUAACCUUUCACCCACUUAUCCGAUAUAAUCUCCACUGUUCUAAAACAACAUAAAUAAUAAUAAGGUUGUGAGCUCUAUUCCAAUUGGAAUUUUAAGCCACAUGUGUGCUUGUGCAAUAAAUAUCACAGUUUGGAUCUAGGCUUUUAAAUUAUUAUAGAUUAUAUACAUUGUUGAGCUGAUUAUAAAAAUUUAAUAUAUUAUUAUACCUUUUAAUAUUGUUAAAGAAUUCUAAUUGCAUUCCACAUCUUAGAGUGAACGAAUUUGAGAUGACCGUUUUCAGUCUACAUUAUACAAUUUUUUUUUUACAAUUGUAGGAUUAUUAGCAGUUGCCAAUGUUUUCCUUUAGUCAGUAAAAGUACAAAUAUUUUAAUAUACAAUCUUGGUAUUUACGUAUUGUAGUGAUCUUAUUUUUUGAUUCUAUAACUAUAAGCAUAAUUUUUUUCUCUUAAGCGGCCAUUCAGAUAUUUCUUCAUCUCACAAAUUAUUCAGUAAACAACAAAACAUAUCAUACCGAAUCAAUUCAGUUUACAUAGAAAUUGUCUGCAACUCCCGUGAUUUUAUUCUCCUCGUUGGUUUAGAUGUUAUUAAAAUGGCUAUUUCUUUUGUUUCCAAGGUAGAUAUAAGUAUAUUCUAAGUUACACUGUCUUAUGUUCUUGUCAUUUUAUGUUGAAAUGUGAAAUUUAUUGUCAUAGUUAGUGUGAAAGGUGCAAGUUCCAAAUGCAUAUUUUAAUUUUGAUCCAAAGAUUUCAUUAAUUCCUUAUAAUUUAAUUAUUUAAUUCUCAUUUUGCGGAAAUGACAUUUGUGGAGUAUGCAUUGGUAUUUGAUACUAGGAGUAACAUGAAUUAUUCUGUAGAGUUGGUGCAGCCGAGCAAACCUCUACUAAUAUUCUCUUAAGAAUAUAUUGCUCAAUAAUUUAAUUCUGUUAAAAGUAUUUUAAACCUAGUUGUAGUCCACCGUGUGUUUAGUAUGGAUGUGGACUCCAAACACGAAAUUAUAUCUAACAGACAAUACCCUCCGUAAACAUUUGAAAUAAAUUAAAUGUUGAAGUUUUAUUAGAUGUAGUUGUUUGCCUUCACGGCGGCUUGCCGCAGAGUGCAAGCUGCAGGGGCGCCAGCAGCAUCAGCACAUGGGAUUGCCAGUGGCUCUGAAACCAUUAUACUAUACUGCUCGUUUCGUAAUAGCACAACACAAGCUUUGUCCGCAUAGGUCCAGUUUUAUCCGACAUAUCUUUCUCGUCAAAUAUGUUCUUUAAAUGUAAUGUUAAACAUUUGGCAGUUUAUAUAAUGUCUUCAGUAUAACUUGUGUGAUGGUGUUGACUGUUAUUGUACUAUUUAGCCCCACAGUCAACGAAAAUUGUUAUAUAAUCCAUACAGGAGUCUCUGCUGCAUUGUGCCUAGAUCUUAGAAGUUAAUGGUAUCAAGGUAGAGUUAAUCUCAAAUAUUUUGGCUCUUUGAAUAUUCCAUGAUAUUAUUUUUGUUUUUCAUGAAAAUGUAUUUACAUUAUAUACAUACACCUAGAUUAUUGUAUACAAUAUGAAUAUACAUUGCGUGGUUUGUAACUUGAUGUUUAAUUAUUUUAUCGUAAAAUUAAGAUGCCCAACUGGUUCUCUGUCCACACCUACGAAGAUGUGGAGGAAUUGAGUGUAUUCGAUAAUUAACCUUAUAUUAUUCAAUGUAACUGAUGAAUAGUUAGAUGUUUUUCGUGGACAGAAGUAGAAUUUUAUUUGUUUAACUAGUUGCACAUCUUACUUUGACCAAAUUCUUUUACCCGCUGAAGUUACUUGAAAAUUUGGAUGAUUGCCAUUUUGCACUCUUUCUUUACCUUUAUUUGAUGGCAAGUGCAAAUUGUCACGUGACCUUAGCGGUUUAUUAAUAAUUAUAAGUUUAUUAACGUGAACUGUGGCCAGGAUAACAACAGCAGAGCAGUGUAAUUCAGAGCCUGCCUAAAAUAUAUUUUUGUCAUGAUUUUAUUUAGGUAUAUACAUGUUAUUAUUCACAUAUUACAGUUUUCUCAAUAUUAGCUUGUAUUUUAAUUAAGAAAUAAUCAUAUUUAACAUUGCCAGGUGAUCAGCAACCUGCACUUUAAUAUUUUUGGAAACUAUUGAACUUAAAUUGUACUGACUUUAUAAAUAUAUUUACUUCAAUAAAGAUUUUCCAUGCCACUAAAAA